UUCAAAGCCGCGUUGUUGUUUCUCUCCUCUCUCUGCCCAUUCCCCAGGACCCCCACCCCCACUCGCACGGCACCCGCCCGCCACUCAUACAUAUAUUUCCCCCAUCCACGUCUCCCCUUUCAUUCCCUUUCCACACCCUUAACCAUGUAUACGUCUUUUCAGUGAAGGAGUAGGCAUCUUUUGCGCGUGACCCAUUCUCUUCUCCAACCUUUUGAUUGACAUUACUUUUAUCCAAUCUGCACUUUAUACCCACUCUUUCCCCCAUGGAGGUUAAGCUAUGGAAUGACAAGCGUGAAAGAGAGAUGUAUGACAACUUCGCUGAGCUGUUUGCUAUUAUAAAAGCCACCGAGAAGCUCGAGAAGGCAUAUGUUCGAGAUAUUAUAUCACCUGCAGAGUAUGAAACUGAAUGCCAGAAAUUGAUUGCACAUUUCAAGACACUAUCUUCAACAUUGAAAGAUACUGUGCCAAGCAUUGAACGAUUUCAUGACACCUACAAAAUGGACUGCCCUGCAGCGCUAAACCGGCUUGUUACUUCAGGGGUGCCCGCCACAGUUGAGCACCGUGCAGCUGCUGCAACGACAGCUUCAACUUCCGCUGCUGUAGUGGCCGAGUGUGUGCAGAACUUCAUUACUGCAAUGGACUCGCUGAAAUUAAAUAUGGUUGCAGUUGACCAGGUCCAUCCCCUGCUGUCAGAAUUGUCGUCGUCCCUUAACAAGCUUUCAAUUUUGCCCUCUGAUUUCGAGGGAAAAACCAAGAUGAGAGAGUGGCUUUCAAGGCUGUCCAAAAUGGGGGCUGCCGAUGAAUUGACUGAGCAACAGGCACGUCAGCUUCACUUUGAUCUUGAAUCGUCAUACAAUUCAUUCAUGGCAGCAUUACCGUCUGCUGGGACUUAGGUAUUAUAUUGGGACUUGGAUGAUGAAUUGGGUUAGGCUCUAUUUUUUGUAAAUAAGUGGGUAAUUGUCGGUGGCUUCUUUCACACAAUUAUGGUAUUACACAUGGUAUUGCUGUUAAGUGAGCUGUGAGCAUAUGGAAUAUUGAGUAGAACAAAAAUUUAUUUUGCUGUUGGUACUUGUCUGUCUAGGUAAUUCGUCGUACCAUUUUGUCAAAAUGCAUCAUCUUAGCCACUUACCCUAUUAAUAACUCGAAUGCUUUAUUUAUUUUUUAAUGGAUUGAUUGGGAUAUUGGUAAGAAGUUUACUAGAAAUUGUGAUCCAAGUUGAUGGAAUAGAAUUUCUUCCAAGAUGUUGGAUGAA